CGUCCGGACCUCAAACUGCGGCCAAUUAGCCGAGAAGGACGGCUGUACGGAGCAAUAUGUUGCGUUUAAAGAGAAGGGACUGAUCAAGACUGAGCCACUCAUCAGUUGUAGUUAGAGUGUUGUGUGCUCUUUACGUAACCUUUUUUUGCGUAAUUUUCACACUCGAAGUCGCGUGGUGCGGGAUUAUUUUGGCAAGGAUUGCUCCGGUACUCUCCCUCACCCCUGCUUCCCUUGGCAGCAGCAGGCUCACAGACUCAUUGAGACGGUGGACCUGAAUGCAGCAGCAUUGUAAACAGACGGGGAGCUGUCUUAAUGAAAGCCAGCAUCGCUGCAUCCCGCUCAGAGGGAUGCCUGGGAAUCCUCCAGCUGCUCUUCCAUGCUGCUCUCUGAGAACAGCAUCGUAGUGAACCUCCCUGGGAUCUAGAUCAGUUACUAGCAUGUUGCAGCCCUCCACCGGAGCAGGUGACGGCCUGUCGGAAACAUUACCUCACUGGAGAAAGCGUCAGACAUGGGCCUUAUGCCUCAUCAUCUGCGCAGCUCUCCUCUGGCCUACAGCGGUAGCCGGAUCGACCCUGAACUGCCACAAGACAUGUAUCUGCGCCUCCAACAUAGUGAGCUGCUCCAAGAUGAAUCUGAGCACCGUCCCGACGGGGCUGCCACUCUACACAGCUGUGCUGGAUCUCAGCUACAAUGAAAUACAGCUUUUAAGAUCUGAGUGGACCCCCGUCAGACUCCCAAAGCUUCAUAACCUUCUGCUCAGCCAUAAUCGUCUUGGUUUUUUGUCUUCAGAGGCGUUUGUUUAUGUGAAAUAUCUGCGCUACUUGGAUCUGUCCUCAAACAACCUGCGGCAGCUCGAUGAGUUCAUCUUUGAGCCGUUGGUCAACCUGGAGGUCCUCUUGCUCUACAAUAACCAUAUUUCCCAGAUUGAUCGCUCUGCUUUUGUAACCAUGAUCAACCUCCAGAAGCUCUACCUGAGUCAGAACCAAAUCUCUCGUUUUCCCCUGGAGCUUGUCAAAGAGAGAUCUCGCCUAGAGAAACUUAGCCUCCUGGACGUAUCCUCCAACAAGAUCAAGGUUUUACCUGUCGAUGAGCUCCAGGUGCUGCCCGCCUGGAUUAAAAACGGUCUCUACUUUCACAACAACCCCCUGAUAUGUCGCUGUGAUCUCUACACUCUCUUAGCCCACUGGUACAUCCGAAAGCUCAACUCAGCUGUGGAUUUCAAAGAUGACUACACAUGCACUCUGCCCGGCCCACAGAAAACCCAAGAGCGUGUUUUCGAUCUCAGUGGCGACAGCAUGAACUGCAGCACAUUCAAAGAGAAAGAUGAGGAAGCUUAUCUGGAGCAAAAGCUGACUCUAGAGUGUGACACCAAACACAGGAAAAUGUCAAAGACCUGGCUGAUGCCUGGAAAUGUGGUGGUGACGCAUGGCAUCAACCAGACUGCGUCAGUGCUGGAUGAUGGGAGUCUGCAGAUCAAUCCAGUGAGGAUUGAAGACUCUGGGACCUACACUUGCCUUGCGAUGAGUGAGACGUUUAAUGAGACUAUCUACAUUGUUCUGAAGGUUCAUAACUUCACCAUGCACGGGGGCGGGGAGACCCUGAAUACAGCGUACACCACCUUAGUGGGCUGCCUGGCUAGUGUGGUGCUGGUUCUCAUGUACCUUUACAUGACACCGUGCCGCUGCUUCUGCUGUCCCAAGGGUAAAAGAGGGGAGGACAGCAUUCACUCGUCCAUGCUUAGUGUGACACCUACCCACGAGGACCCGGCGCUCAAGGCAGAGCUGAACCGACAUGUGGCAUUCAUAGACUCUAAAGAGUUGCAGGGCCAAAAUGGAAAGCUAAACCCAAAUGGAGAUGAGGAUGACGAUGACAUGGAUGCAGAGGCUGGUUCUCUUAUGAAGGGGAAGAGGAAGAAGUCAGUAGCAGAGUCCAUCAGCUCAGUCUUCUCUGACACUCCCAUGGUGGUGUGAGAAGAAAUCGGCAAAGAAGAGGAAUUUGAUUGGCUGGCAAAAAGUUAGGCACGUUGAAGACCAUGUAAUCUGUGACUAAUCUUGUUGAAGGAAAAUAAGAAAGGAUUUUCAUCUCUCAUUGCUGAGUAAUGGAAAUAAGGAUCUCAAAGGGAAUAAAUUAACAAACUAUCUUGUUGUCUGCAAUGACAAUGAGAAAGACUUUUCCAGCAUAUUCAUGUGUAGCACUUAUUAUUCAUACUGUGAAGGAAGGCAGUGGACAGGGGAAGUAGAAACUAACAAAGUGUUAUUAGAGGAAAAAUAGAUAUGUUGUUAAUAUCAGCACUCAGGAAGUGAUAGAAUAAACUUUCAGUUUGGGGAAAAAACAUGAUUCACAUAAUGUAUAGAUCAAGAAAAAGAGGUUAGAAAACCAUUGACCAUAUAUAAAGAUGCACAACACAUCCUCACCCCCUCUGAUUGCAUAUAAGUGAGGCCAAACUAUCUCUUAGGACAGAUACUGACAUAUUAUACAUAUCAGCUUGAAGAGCCAUGAUACUUGUCCGUUUCAGGUCACCAGAACACUCAUUUACUUACACAUAAAACAGCAGAAUUCCCUCAGGUUACUGCAGUCCAAAGACGAAUAUAUUCUCAUAUUGGUUUUAAACAGAUACUCAGAGUUAUGAAAAGUUGAAUGACUCUUGUGUCAGAGUUUUUUUUCAAUGUUUUUUUCUCACCAUUUUUCCUCUGCUCUGUUAGUCCAUUGCACAAAGAGCCAUAGGAACCGCUUUAGUCAACAGAGGUGUAAAUCAUGGCAUUAGAUAAGAAAUUAGAGAGAAAAUUUCCAGGUGAAGAGCUCUUGGCACAUAUCAGUGUAAUAACAAGUUAAGAAAAGUCAAUUUGCUAAGUAUUUUCUUGCAACAUUUUACCCAUGUCCCAUCUGAUAACAUGUAGCUAAAUGGACCUACACGAUAUCCAGUCAUCAAGAGGAGCUCCCAAUGUUUUAUCUUUCCUGGAGGGUGGUGUUGUGUUUAUCUUUUUAUACAGUCUAUGGUUUAAACCAUGGCUGGCUCAUUAUUAGCUUUAUCAGAACAUUAGAGUAGAAUGCAUCUACUUAAGAAAAAUACUGACCUGUCGUGUGUUAGGGACACAGACUGACAUAAACAGACCACUAUCAGCAUGCUGUUAAUAUAUCCAUACUUGCUAGUUGACAGUCAUCGAUAGACAGACAGCAUAUCAUAAACACACAUUAUACAAGGUCCCUUAAGUAUAUCUGCAGAUCAGCUCCAUCCUACAUCACAGCUGAAACUUACAUGCACUCAAAUUCAUCAAACCCAGUGUUAUACUGAUUCAUAGAGAUAUGUAUAGCCAUAUAGGAGCAAGAUGUAUUCCCAUACAGCUAAAAAAUGCCAUAGAUAAGUUAUUUUGUCUCUCAGCUAUUACACAAGUACAGUAAAAUCCAAAAGAAACUCCUAGAGCCUUGCGAAAUCAGAAAAUCAUAGAUUGCCUCUCCAAACUGCGUUUUUUUUUUGUUUUGUUUUGUUUUAUUUAUAACCCAUAUCUAACACAUCAUUUAAGCUCCGCUUACAAUUUACUCGCCCCUUUUCCAAAGUUUUAAUCCCUAAAAGUAUUGCUCAAAUUUUAGGAUAAGGAUGAGGUGAAACACCAAGCUAACACCCAGGGAGCUAGCUUUGCCUUACAGUAUUCUUUAAAGUAGAUAUCUGCUCACUACCAAUGUGUGUGACACAUGACUAAAACACCAAGUACCACUUAUUGGAGGUUGAACAGCAGGCUAAUGCUUAUAGCUGCUAGCUUGAGCUCAUGAUAUUUUUUGCUAAAUUUAAAAACAUGCAUCCCCAACUCUUCACCAGAGUUUAGUCCCAGCAGGGGGUUAAACAUCAAGCUAACACCCAGGGAGCUAAUUUUGGCUUAAAGUAUUCUUCCAUGAAUUUAAAAUAAAUAUCUGCUUGCUACCAAUGUGUGUUCCACCUAUUACCCUAAAUCACUCAUAGAGGUUGAACAUCAAGCCAAUGCUUAUAGCUGCUAGCUUUUGCUCAUGCCAUUCUUCCAUACGCUUAAAAACGAGCACCUGUAAAAACAAUUUACAUGUUUCCCAUUGCAGGUUUAAGCCCCAAACUGUUGGUCAGAUUUUUGCAGGGGUUUAAACACCAAGCUAACACCCAGAAUGCUAGCUUAAUCUACAGUAUUCUUUCAUAAAUUAUAAAUAAAUAUCUGCCUGCUACCAAUGUGUGUGCUACCUGUUACUAAAACACUGAUAUGCUAAAGCCGUGUUUCCAUCAGGGGGUCUGGUUUGAUACAGUUCGGUUUGGUUUGGUUUGGUACACUAAACCCCAA